CUUUUUGGGUCUGAGGCGCUUCUGCGAGCAAAGGGGCGGUCGAGGCGAGCGAAGGCAGGGAGAGCAGGUCCCCUUUGCCCCCUCUGCCCUCGGCGCUGCGUCCGACACAGUCCUCCUCCGAGCGUGCUGAGGGCGCAGCAGGGCAGCGUCCCUUGCCUUCCCUACCUAACCCGAGGAGGCGGCGGCUGUCUCUCGCCUUCCCCGGCUCCCCCUCGGCGAACGGGGCCCUCAGGGCACGGCGGCGGGAGCUGUCGAAGCGCUAAGGCGCACCGCGGCGCGCGCGCUUCACCAGACCCUCGUGAGAGAGCCUGCGUGAGGGCUGCCAGGAGGCGGCCGGGCGCCGAGGGCCAUGGCCGGGCGCGAGCCUCGGAGCUGCCGCCGCCGCUUCCUAGCCGCCAGGAGCCCGCGCCUGUCCUGAGCGCAGCAGCAGCAGCAGCAGCAGCGGCGAGGAAGGGAAGCAUGGCGCGGGCGUGGCCGCUCCUCCUCGCGCUGCUCUUCCACGCGCUGCCGGGGCUGCUGAGGGGCCACCCGCAGUGCCUGGACUUCAAGCCGCCCUUCAAGCCGCCGCGCCCGCUCCACUUCUGCGUGCAGUACUCGGACUUCGGCUGCUGCGACGCCGAGCGCGACGCCGCCCUGCUGGAGCGCUAUUACCGAGUGGCCGAGAACUUCGACCAGGCCGCCUACGCCGCCUGCGCCAGCCACCUGCAGAACCUCUUGUGCCAGGAAUGCUCCCCCUAUGCUGCUCACCUGUAUGAUGCUGAAGACCCUUCCACUCCAGAGAGAACUGUUCCAGGACUGUGCAAAGAUUACUGCGUACAAGUGUGGCAAACCUGCAGGGCCAUGUUCCGUUACCUUACCCCGGAUGAAGAGUUACUGUCCCUGGAAGGCAACAUGGCAAAGUUCUGCCAUUAUUUGUCCCUCGACGACACCGACUACUGCUUCCCCCACCUCCUGGUCAAUAACAAUCUCAAUCAAAACCUUGGGCUAGUGGUUGCUGAUUCAGAAGGAUGUCUACAGCUGUGCCUAACUGAGGUCGCCAACGGGCUAAGGAAUCCAGUGGCCAUGGUGCAUGCAAACGACGGAACUCACAGAUUCUUCAUUGCUGAGCAAGUUGGCUUAGUCUGGACCUACCUCCCAGAUCGGUCACGGCUUGAAAAACCCUUUCUGAACAUCAGUGAAGCUGUACUGACCUCACCUUGGGAAGGAGAUGAGAGAGGUUUUCUAGGUAUAGUCUUCCAUCCUAAAUUCAAAUUUAAUGGUAAAGUGUAUGUCUACUAUUCAGUUGAAGUGCAGUAUGAAGAGAGAAUCCGAAUCAGUGAGUUCAGAAUUUCUCCUGAUGACAUGAACUCUGUGGACCAUGGUUCUGAAAGGGUAAUUCUCGAGAUAGAUGAACCAGCUUCCAAUCAUAAUGGAGGCGAGUUGUUGUUUGGAGAUGAUGGUUAUCUUUAUAUCUUCACUGGAGAUGGGGGAAUGGCCGGUGAUCCUUUUGGGUCGUUUGGAAAUGCUCAAAACAAGUCAACGCUGUUAGGCAAAGUCCUCCGGAUCAAUGUGGACAACAAUGACCACGGUCCUCUUUAUAGAAUCCCUCCGGACAAUCCUUUCAUUAACGAGCCAAAAGCCCGGCCAGAAGUCUAUGCUUAUGGGGUGAGGAAUAUGUGGCGCUGCUCUUUCGACAGAGGUGACCCCUACACAAAGGAAGGGAAAAGCCGGCUUUUCUGUGGUGACGUGGGGCAGAAUAAAUUCGAAGAAAUCGACAUAGUAGAGAAAGGGAAAAAUUAUGGCUGGAGAGCAAGAGAAGGGUUUAGCUGCUACGACAAAAAGCUUUGCACCAAUUCCUCAUUAGAUGAUGUUCUGCCUAUAUAUGCUUAUCCACACAAAAUGGGGAAGUCUGUGACAGGAGGCUAUGUCUAUCGGGGUUGUGAGUCUCCAAACCUUAAUGGGGUGUACAUAUUUGGAGAUUUUAUGAGCGGGCGCCUCAUGUCCUUGAGAGAGAAUCGAGCAACUGGGGAUUGGCAGUACAAUGAAAUAUGCAUGGGAACAGGUCAAACCUGCAUGUUUCCUGGACUUAUCAAUAACUACUAUCAGUAUAUCAUCUCUUUUGCCGAAGACGAGGCUGGAGAACUUUAUUUCAUGUCCACUGGAGUCCCGAGUGCCACCGCUCCCAAUGGUGUAGUUUACAAAAUGGUUGACACGUCACGGAGAGCGCCGCCUGGGAAAUGCCGCGUGGAGCCUCUACCAGUGAAAGUGAAAGGCAAGCUCACAAAGUUUGUUCCAAAGGAAAAGCUUAUAAUUAAAAAGCCAACGCAGCGCCCUAAGCUAAGACCCACGACUAGAGCUCCAACCAGGAGCAGAGCAACUGUAGGACCUCCUCGAGCGACAACUCCAGAUUGGCUGGAGCAACUCUUGACCCUCAUGAGAAACCAGAACAGAGUGCAGAUGACGACGGCAGCACCGAGAACAAGAGCCCCAAAGCCCAGGAAGGGAGGAAGGACCGGUGGAAGAAGAGGCCAGAGGAGGAGAAAGAAACCCACCAGUGCUCCCCUGGAGCCACGGAAUGGUGCAGUCCGGAUAAUGAAUGGCAACGCGAAGGGGAAAGAUCGGGGGAGGGUUGAGAUUUUUAUCAAUGGAGAAUGGGGCACCGUGUGCGACGACUUGUGGACCUCGAAGGCAGCCGCGGUCGUGUGCCGCCAGUUGGGCUUUGCCUUUGUGAUCAGGGCAACCAAGAAAGCGGCGUUCGGGGAGGGGCACUCGCUUCCCAUUCUCCUUGAUGACGUCCAGUGCACAGGGCGUGAGAAGACCCUCCUGGAAUGCUCCCACGCAAACAUUGGGAGGCACAAUUGCUCCCACAAAGAAGACGCGGGAGUCAUAUGCAGCCACGAAGACGUUUUUGAGACUGAACAGUAGGGAGAGUGGAAUCACGGGGUGGUACCAAGUAAAUCCACACCAUUAAUGAGUAAUUAACACACCUUGGUUUAGAAAUCCUAAUGGCUAGGUCCAGACUUAGGGCCCCCUCCGCACUAGAUGUUUAAAUCAUUGUCGUAGCACUUUGAACCAUCGUGGCUUCCUGAAUAGAAUCUUGGGGACUGAGUGCUGUUAGGAGACCUCUGUUCCUUAGCUGCAUUUCCCAGAAUUCCCUGGGAACAGGGAUUGCUUGUUAAAACCACUCUGCAAAAUGUAACUCUGUGAGGUGAAAAGGGUUCCCCAAUUGCUCUCAGCACCCUUAACACAGAUGGCUCUGCCCCCCCUAAAAUAAAGCUCAACAAUUUUGGCUGCCUCUCCCUAACAGAAAUCUGACACCGUAUCCCUAUCUCUUUCAGACUAGUGUUUAUCAUGGGAUAGGUGUUUCUAAGGCAUGCAAGUUUUCCCCCACACAAUGUCAUUGGCCUCAAAAUGCCAGUCCACCUUUCUUCUGCAUUUAGUCUGGAUUACCCUUUUGGUGAAAAAUAUGAUAAAUUGGGAGGGGGGUACUGAUGCUAGAAAACUGUGUGCACUACCCGAUCCACAUGUUUACAGUAUUAAGCCCCCAUCUGGAAGCAAUUCUCUCUGACUUCACCUAACAGAACAUCAUAUUCCCCAGAUAUCAGUUCUCCAUUCACCCUCCGCUUACACAUGCAUAGAGUAGACUCAUUGUAGUCAAUGAGAUUUAAGUUAGGCAUCACCCAUUGAUUUCAACCGCUUAAUCAUAAAUAAAGUCUGGAUCUAGCCAAUUAUUUGUGUAUACCAGAUGUACAAAAGCAGUACACUGUCUCUAAACUGACCACAUCUGUGGUCAGUGAAAGCUUGACAUUUUACAAAUGGGAGUAAUAUAUAACUAGCCAGCAUUCAUUUCCGUUUUUUUUUUAAGGUUUCCAUUGUAAAUAAGAGAAUGAUUGUGUUGGAAAGCUGGAUUAAAAAUAAGAUCACGUGGCAAACAUCUCAUGGUGAUUUAAUACUAUUCUUUGAUGUAAGGAUUUAUAUUCUGUGGUCCAUGUUUUACAAAGAAAUAACUGAAACAUUAUGGAGAAUAUCCCACCCAAGCUCAGAAAUUCUUAAGUGCUUGAAAGAUGUGUGGCUGUUAAUGUGGAUCCAUGAGGCCUAGCUGUUUCCCAUGAAUUCUUAUAACCCAACGUAACUGACGGGAAACAUAAUGAACAGAACCCACAUAUUUGCUAGGAAGUAAUAUGCAAGAAGUCGGGACGCCGGUGGCACUGUGGAGUAAACCAUUGAGCCUUGGGCUUGCCUAUCGGAAGGUCAGCAGUUCGAAUCCCUGUGAUGGAGUGAGCUUCUGUUGUUCGGUCCCAGCUCCUGCCAACCUAGCAGUUCGAAAGCACGUCGAAAUGCAAGUAGAUAAAUAGGUACUGCUCCGGCGGGAAGGUAAACGCCGUUUCUGUGUGUUGCACUGAUCAUAGCCACACAUAUGUUAUUGGCCCAGUGCUGUUUAGCAAGUUGCUUGGCAGGCUUCCAGCUGUGCUGCUCUCUUUAUAACUAUAUAUACCUGACUUCACAAGUAAUGCAACACCUUGAUUCAUAGGUGUGUCUACUGCAGCAGCAGAGUCGUGCCCUCACAGUGCAAGAAACGAUCUGGAUGUCUUCUCUCCUCCCUUCAGGUUUUGCACCUCCCAAUUCCAGCAACCUGUUAGUGAGAUAAAAACCUGUUCGAGUCCGUCACAUUCUGGUUGUGUAGGAACCCUUAUUUUAGAAGUUUGUGCUUUUUAAAUUGUGUGAUGUAGCAGCAGUGGCACCGUGAGGCCUGGGAGCCCCUUGGCAUGGGGGAGCUGGGCUGGGACAGUAAUCAAAUCUGGGGCAGCCUGACUUUCCCCCUUGUAAACCUGAAUCACUACGUCCCAAACACAUUCAGUCUUUCACCUGAUCAUUUUUAUUGCGCUGUUAACCAGAAAACUGAAACACCACGAGUUGCAGGGAAGGUGGUAAAGAACCCACGAGACAUGACUCGGUCUGAGAAAACCGGCAGGAAAUCCAGACUAAGGACUGUCAAGGCCAGAAUGUUUUUAAUGCAUCAUGCGGAAGAAGGAAACCAGAACAUCAAAACAUCAAGUCAAGGCCAGGUUGGCACUGGCCUAAAGCUUCCCAUUUCCUGGAUAGUAAUAUGAUUAAAUGUAAUGAUGUUUGCGCCAUUUUCUGCUGUGUUGAAUGUUGGGAGAAGCAAAGGGGAGGGGGGGCUUUAUGCAAGGAUCAAAAUAUUUCCCUUUCCUUUCCCAGGGUUGUAGAAUUCCCCUCCCAAUACGCAGUGUCUGAAAGGAUCGUUUCCCCUAUGUGGCAAAAUGAUGGCUCCCCUUCAGCUACGAUUCAAGUGGUCACUUCCUUUGCAGUGCACUUCUACACGUUUCUACUCAGAAGCAAGUUUCACUGCAUUCAAGAGAACUUUUUCGUCCUCUGUGUAUUUGGUAUUGCAAUCUUAAGACUGGCGCACAAAUAAUUGAAACAAAUCCUUGUACUAAUUAGUAACAGAAAGGUUCUUUUCUGAACCUUUUCCCAACUCGACAAUAUUCUUUUCGAGGUGGGGGCGGACUAGAACAUGACUUUCCCUUUCUGAAAGCAGUUCCGAGGCAAUAUGUGUCUAAACGCCUCCAGAUCAGAAGCCCUCCGUAAGGAAGAAGCAGCCUCUGGCUUGAGGGGAGUCAUUCAUUUGUCCUCAGAACCUGAACACCAUUAGUUGGCUUGGAGCAAUGGGACAGGGACACAUUUGGAAAGACAGCCCUCGUGGGAGGCACAAGCUGGUGAACUCCCAAGGGAAGAUGGCUCAGAUCCCAGGGAAUGGUGGUGGGACAACGAUGAGUGAUCAGAGGGAGCAGACUGGGAGGAGGUGUGUGUGCAAUCUGGUGUGGAGGCAAUCAUGCCUAGGGGAUUUUGUCACCCCCCCUCAGGGAUGACACCCGGGGCAAACCACCCCACUGCCCCCCUUCCUAUGCCCCUGGAGGGAAGGAAAGGACUUUCAGCCCCAACUGCUACAUAGGGGCAAGUUCUAUUGGUAAAGAGAUGCUGUGCUCAAUAGGCCUGGUCUCCUGGCCUGUCUUGUUUCUUUGAAUAGCGUUGAGUUCACUGAAGCUGUGCGACUUAUUGCUGGCACCCACUCCUUAAUGACCUCAAUAAUGUAUUUUAAAGAUUGGAGAAAUCACUGUCUCCCCCUCUCCUGUGAAAUUCUACUAGCCUUUGUCCCACAGAUAACCAGGCUCUCAAAUGUUACUGGUCAACAACUCCUUGACCGCUGGCCAUGGGAACUGGAGUCCAGCAACAUUUGGAGAACAUCCGGUUGGCUAUCCCUGAUUUAGUUUUAUAAAUAAUGAGUGUACUCAAGGUUCCUGUAUUAUUAUUAUUUUUAGUGAGAAGUUUCGGCUCACCAAAUACACAUGUGAAAAGUAUUAACAUCUGCCCAAACCUCAUGUUUUAUAAACACCUUCCUUCUCACAUCUUUUCCUCCAGGGUUCCUUUAUAAACAUUUUCACUGAAACUAUAAGAUACUUUCUUGUUGCCUUGAGACCCUAAAAGCAAAAAUCCAGACAACCACUAGAUGGCAAACCAGUAUUACUGUGUUUAAUGUCAGCCAGGCAAUUCUGGAAACCUGUUGCAAAAAUCAAUA